UGCUGCAUUGUAUGGAUGCUGGUUCCAGUCGCAUUGUCUCUGAGUCUAGACACAGCGCAAAAUGCGAUAUGGUCCAUCAUCCCAUCAACGCUGGUUGGGGCUUUAGGUCCUCCCAAAAAGAGCUUGGACGUAAUUGCGCGCAGUCUGGAUAUUACAAAUUUAGGGUUCUUGGCGGAUAGGAGUAGCGAGCUAGGGUUUAUUGGCAAUGUGAUCGCCAAGCAAUGCAGCUGGCACGAACUUUGGGGAAUUUCGUGUUUCUCGAGGGAUGAGUCUAUGCAGCUCUACUGCCUUGCCAGCAUCACGAGUAUCUGCCAGCUCCUGGGACAGAGAAAUCCCGCAAAAGAAUUCCAUUAGAUUGUUCCCAGGAAGAAGAGGAGCACUGACGGUGUGUAGCGCUCAACAUGACAAGAGUCUGGAUGAUCAAACUGGUGAAGGCAAGGAUAAAAGCUUGAGCGUGCGUCCAAAGAGAGUUCCAUGGAACAAGGGACUUAAAAUGCUGCCGGGGCCAUGCAAGGGUCGGACUCCUGAAGAGCAACUCAAGGUGGAAGAGCUGCGGAGGCAACGAAUCAGUGCCGCGAACAAAGGCCGGCUUCCUUGGAACACAGGAAGAAAACAUCCACCAGAGACUAUCAAGCGAAUCAGGGAGAGAACGUUACUGGCGAUGAGAGAUCCCAAGAUCAGGGAGAAGUUGCGGGGGUUCCAGCAAAAUUUGAGCGCUGACAUCAAAGCCAAGAUCAGCAUCGGGGUGCACGAACACUGGGUAAGAAAGCUCAAGGACAUAGCGUUGCAGAAACAAUGCCUGGCCGAGUGGCAAGAAUGCAUUGCAGAGGCUGCGAGACAAGGAGGAGACGACCAAGAGGAACUGCAUUGGGAUAGUUACGAUGUCGAGAGGCAACGGGAGAAAGAAGAAAUCAGGCAACUCAAGGAUGGCAUGCGAGUCACGUCCAGAAGCCAGAGGAGGUUGGAAUGGAGUGAUGAGCACCGCCGGAAAGUUUCAGAGGCUAUCAAAGCCAAGUGGAAAUCGGAAGAGUACAGGACCAAGGUGAUGAAAGCUCUGAAACAGCGAGUAAGAGACACUAAAGUAUCCUCGAAGCCCCGGAGGGAACCACGGCCACCGAGACCGGCAAGGCCUCCAAAGCCUCCGAAACCUCCAAAACCAGUUGGAAUUCCACUCGUUGGUGGUGAACCGCGACGAACAGCCGCGGGGGUACGCGUAAACGAGAAGUUUGUGUCCGCGGUUAUGGCUGGCGAAGAUAAAGAAGCUGCGAAUGUGCUCAAGAAGAAGCCACCGGUGAAGGUGAAUGGCGUUGCGCAUUCUAGGCUCGAGAGUGCGACCGAUAAAGCCAAGAAACUUUCUCCCCCGGUACCAACGUUCGUGGACUUGCGAGCGUCGGAGAAGACCGAGAAACUCCGCGAACUGCGGGCGAGUCGGUUGCUGGUUGAUACGAAGAAGAAAGAGGCCGCCGAGCGAGCAAAAAUGUUGAUGGCUGAGGCUGAAGCCGCUGCUAAAGCUCUGGAAGCCAUCGCGUUCAAAGACCAAUUCGCAAUGGCAUCGCUGCUCGAGACACGCAAGCUGCUAGCCGAGGCCGCGCGAUCCAUCAAGGCGGUGGAAUGCAAGCCCGGGGACGUAAGUAUCCUCGCGGGGGAUAAGGAGACGCUUGAGCUCGAUGACGAUCAGAGCUCCAGAAAAGACCACGGCUCGAUCGACGUGGCCGCAAAGGCCAACGAGGAAACGUGUACAGAUGUCGAGAGGGAGAUGCUACAAGAGAUUCCGGGCAGUGUUUCCAGAAGGGCAAAGAGAUGGCACUGUGGGAGGCUGGUUUACAGGGACGAACAAACAUAGAUUGCUAAAGGGACGAGGUCGGAGCUAUUAAAACGUUUGAAGUUGUCUUUUCCCUUUCAUGGAUCCUGGGAGAGGUC